UUAUUUUAGUGCAAUAAAUCGAAAGUUUAUUUAAUAAUAUUGAGAUUUUAGCUUUAAACCCAGUACUAUGAGUAAAUUAGAGGACUUGUUGGCCAAGAAGAAAACCGUCGUUCCAGUUCUCGACUUGAGUAAGAAUGUCGUUCAGACCAAAGAAGAGUUCAAGCGACUGAUGGAGAAAGUCCCCGAUUAUAAAAUGCGUCCAGUUAAAGUUCGUGCAGAUGAGAUUAAAAUUAAGGAAAAAGACUUUUCAUUCAAGAUAUCCAAGAAAGAGGUCAGAAAAUUACUAAAACAUAAUGGCGAACGUGAGCCUAUAUACACAUAUGCGGAUCCAGUUCCAUCCGAAAUGAAAGAUGUUACCAUUAUGGACUUAUGCGCAGUACCAAUAGAUUGGAAAAUGCUUACCACUUUGAGGCCAAAAUCGAAACAGGAGGAGGAAUAUUUUAGCCGCAUGACAGAGAUGGCCAAGCUGCAGUUGAAAACUGAACAGCGUGACCGACGCGACUUCUUGCUCAAUAAUUGUGUUAAAAAGAACAAGAAUAAAUCGGGUAUCGUAGAGACUAAAUUAGCUGUAUGUACAGAAUGCGGACAAGAAAUGUGUUGCGGUAAAGCUUGUAUGGAUUUUAAUUAUGACUUAUUUGUGCGUGUUGAGCCAAAAGUUUCAAAACCUAAGCCACCAACAAGCAACGCAAACAAAGGAAAACUAACUGGACGUAAGUCUUUUACCAAGGACGGUGCAAAGGGCAAGUCCAAGAAGUUAUCUGGCAAAGCAUAAAUUAGCAAGCAGCAUUUUGAUAUGUGUAUAUAUACCAACAUACA